AUGGAACUCGAGGGCAGAAAAAUCCUGGUGCUGGGGCUGGCCCGCACCGGCUUGGCGGUUGCCCGGUUUCUCGCCCAUCGGGGCGCGCGGAUCGUGGGGGCCGACGCGCGCGAGGAUGACGGGAUGCGGCAGGCCAGGAGCGAGCUGUCGCGGUUGUCCGCCGCCUGCCAUCUCGGACCGGAGGAAACCGCCUGGCUCGACGGCGUGGACGCGGUGGUUCCCAGCCCCGGAGUGCCAAGGGACAAUAAGCUGCUGGUGGAAGCCGCCCGUCGAGGCAUCGAGGUGUUGAGCGAGAUCGAGCUGGCCGCACGGUUCGGCCGCGCUCCCAUGGUGGCCAUCACCGGCACCAACGGAAAGACCACCACCACGCGGCUCGUGGCCGGCAUCCUCGAGGCUGCCGGGCUGCGCGUCUUCGCCGGCGGCAACAUCGGCAAGCCGCUGAUCGAGUACGCGGACGGAACCUGGGACUGGGGCGUCGUGGAAGUGAGCAGUUUUCAACUCGAAUGGGUCCGGGAUUUUCGCCCCCGGGUCGCCCUGUGCCUCAAUCUCAGCGAGGACCAUCUCGACCGCUAUGACGGGCUGGCGAGUUACGGCGCGGCCAAGGCCAGGAUCUUCGCCGCCCAACACCCGGACGACGUCGCCGUGCUCAACCGCGACGACCCGUGGGUAUGGGGUUUGCGCGAGGAACUGGGCGCCCGGGUGGUCUCCUUCGGCUGGUCGGAGGUGGAGGAGGGGGCUUUCGUCACGGAGGACGCCGUGGUCUGGCUCCUGCACCAACGCCGGUUGCUGGGGCCGGUGACGUUGCCGAUGCCGGGCCGGCACAGCGUCGCCAACGCCCUGGCGGCCAUUGCCGUUGCCGCGGAGUUGGGCAUCGACUUUACCGCCGCGGCCGCGGCCCUGGGCGCCUUCGCCGGCAUCCACCGCCGGUCGGAGAUCAAGGGAGAGGUGGCCGGGGUUCUGGUCAUGGACGAUUACGGACACCAUCCCACGGAGAUCGAGACCACCCUGCAGGCCAUCGCCGAAGGCUGGGGGCGUCCCCUGACGGUGGUGUUUCAGCCGCACCGUUACAGCCGCACCAAGGAUCUGUUCGAGGACUUCGUUUCCGCGUUCGACCGGGUUCACCGGUUGAUCCUCACGGACGUCUACGGCGCGGGGGAAGACCCGAUUCCGGGAACGAGCGGCGAGGAGCUGUGCCGGGCCAUCAGGCGCCGGGGUCACAUGGACGUGGAGUUCGUGGCCGCAAAGGAGGACGUGGCCGGCGGGCUGCUGCCGCGGCUCUCGGACGGAGACAUGGUUCUCACCCUCGGGGCCGGGGACAUUUACAAGGUUGGGGAGGCGCUGCUUGAGUCCUUGCGGGAACAGAGGCAAUGA